AUAGCCACAGCGCCACAUAGUCACAUAGAAGCUAGCUGUCUAAUUUGUCAAUAGACGAGCCAAGACAAUACGAGCGUUCACAGGUCUUUGGCACCGCGGUCAUGGCGAAAGACCCCCUGGCUGAUGCAGGUCUUCACUUUGAUGACCUCAACAAACUGCGAGUGUUGGAACCUGACGUCUGCCAGAAGACCACAGAGCUCAAGGAGGAGUGCAAGGAGUUUGUGGAAAAAAUUGGCCAGUUUCAGAAGAUAGUUGGUGGGCUGAUUGAGCUGGUUGAUGAGUUGGCAAAGGAAGCCGAGACGGAGAAGAUGAAGGCCAUUGGAGCCAGGAACCUGCUGAAGUCAGUGGCGAAGCAGAGGGAGGCUCAGCAGCUGCAGCUACAAGCUCUGAUUGCAGAGAAGAAGAUGCAGCUGGAGAGGUACCGCAUUGAGUAUGAGGCACUGUCCAAAGUGGAGGCCGAGCAGAACGAAUUCAUCGACCAGUUCAUCCUGCAGAAGUGAUUGCACCAAAAGAGGGGACAUGUUUUUGUGUGCAGGGAACACUUUGGGCUACAUUGGCACCGGGGCCCCUGUCACUCAAACCCUGAGUGAGGCAUGCAGUGUUAACCCCCACCACCGUGCAAUUACAGCGGUACCUAGACAGGUAUCGGACAGAGAUUGCAGUUCUGUUGAAUCAGCAUAUUGGCAAACAGCGAUGUAGCUUGUCUUCACUCUUCUGACCGCUGAAAACAAGAAGCGAAGACAUUCCUCCAUUGUUGGUGUUCUUUCCAACAAAUAUUACUAUGUAUAGUGUGAAGUUGGGUGUGAAUUUACCAGGACCAAAAAUGCUAUUUUUUGACACAUCCUUACACACAACAAACUGAACAAAUGAAAACCUAUUUAUC